AUGGCAAACAAAACAACCAUCAACCUCCUUAACGCCAGCAUCACCGACCUCAAACACCUCCUCGACACUCGAUCCAUCACAAGCGUCGAGCUUAUCUCUCUCUACCUCCAUCGCAUCGGCCAAUACGAUCACCGAGGACCACAACUCAACUCUAUCUCUCUCCUCAACUCCAAUGUCUUCGCCGAAGCCCAAGCCUCAGAUGACUACCGCGCGGCUGGAAACCCACCCCGUCCUCUAGAAGGCAUCCCAUUUACCGUCAAAGACUGCUACAAAGUCCAAGGCAUGACUGUCGCUGCCGGGUCACCUGCUUUCGCCGACCUAGAAGCGUCCUCCGAUGCAGCUAUUGUGGAAUCCCUUCGCAAGGCUGGAGCAAUCGUCUUAGGAAAGACCAACAUGCCGCCCAUGGCAGACGGGGGUUGUCAGCGCGGUCUGUACGGGCGUUCCGAGAGUCCUUACAACCAGAAGUAUAUGAGCACUGCGUAUGCCUCGGGUUCGUCGUACGGCUGUGGAGUCUCCACUGCGGCUGGCUUCGCUGCCUUUGGGUUUGCAGGGGAAACCGUCACAUCGGGUCGCUCGCCAGCGUCUAAUAAUGCGUUGGUUGCGUACACGUCUUCGCGCAGUGUCAUCCCGCCUCGUGGCAUGUGGCCGUUGUAUCCCACUUGUGAUCAAGCUGUUCCUCAUACUAGGACUAUGGUGGAUUUGUUUGACGUGCUUAAUGUUGUUGUGGCGGAUGAUCACGUUGCCGGUGAUGCGGAUUUCUGGCGUGAGCAGCCGUAUGUGUCCCUUCCGAAGGCUAGUGAAAUUCGCCCGGUGGAUUAUCACUCCUUGGAGGAUCCAGACGCGCUUCGGGGCAAACGAGUCGCUGUCCCGCGGUGUUUUAUUGGGGUUGAGGGUGCUACCCCAAAGAAUGCUUGCUCUGCUGGGGUCCGGGCUCUUUGGGACAGAGCACGGAAAGAUCUCGAGUCGCUAAGAGCAACUGUCAUUGAGACGGACUUUCCCCUGUUUGAGAAUUACACCAGACAAGAUGUCCCGGGACAGGCUAUGAACGUCCCUGGUCUUCCGAAGGAUUGGCCGGCUCUUGAGCGAUGUGACAUGAUUGCCCUGGGUUGGGACAACUUCCUUCGCAGCAAUGGCGAUGAGAAGAUCCCGAGUCUCACCUUUGCCGACGUUAACAAGAUCCAUCCGCAUACUGCCCCCAUGGAUGAUCCCUCUCAACACACCGAGUCGCAGAACCAGGUCCGCUAUGAAGAUAUGGUCGAGGUGGUGAAGCGACGGGGUCAAACUGGUCCUGUUGAUCUUCCGGGGUGUGAGGAUGCUCUCAGGGCAUUGGAAGCGAUGCGGAAGAAAGACUUGGAGGACUGGAUGACUGAGAAUGAUUACGAUGUAGUGGUGUUCCCGACCAAUGGCGAUGUCCCCUUGGCUGACUCGGAUGAGAACUAUGAAUCGAUGCUUGACGCACUGAGAGACGGAGUCAAAUAUUCCAACGGCGGUCGCUCUUUGAAGCAUCUAGGGGUUCCGUGUAUCACUGUUCCAAUGGGAAAUUUGGAGGAGGAAAAGAUGCCAGUCGGACUGUCCUUCUGUGGCAAGGCGUACCAGGACUCGGAUCUCCUGCGAUAUGCCUUUGCCUAUGAGACUGAGUCGAAGCGCAGGGAGAAUCCACCGUUGGCACCAUUACUGCUGACUGAUGAGAUGGUUCUUCCUAGUACCAGUCCGUCGUCUUCAUAUUCCGUCAAGCCAGACUUGAAGAUUGCAUCGACGGAGUCAAUCCACGAGGACGACGAGAACUUGGACAUUCGUGUGGUGACCGUGACUGGAACCUGCCAUGUGGAAGGCUCUGGGGCAAUAAGCUCACUUCGGGUCUUCACAAACGGUGAGCCAUCAUCUCCCGUAUCCUGGGAGGGUGAUAACUGGACAUGGACGGCUCGUCUCAGACGGCCCAAGAGGGAAGACCGAUACCCGCCACUAGGGAAAGUACCGAGGGAUCAAUUCAUGGUGGUGGUGGUCGCCAAAGCUGACAGUGGUCGGUCAUCUGGCUCGUUGAUCUUGUUUGAUUGA